GCCGUUCAUUUGAGUUUCGCGGUUCGAGGUGCUUUGCUUGCCCACUUGGUCUUUCGGCUCUGGAGAAAACUACUCGCAUCGAAUUGAAUUGAAUCUGGGGAAAAUCAGUCCGAGUCCCAGCUACACAGUUCAGUUUCGCUUCCCAGUCCAACUAUAAAAGUGCGCUGCAGUCCCAGUCAAACAACUGCAUUCAGAUACAAACUAUUGCCAAUUGCAUUUUCAUGAGCUAACUGUCUCGCAUCGCGUGUGAAAAGUUACAAACAACACAAAAACAAUUGCCAACGGUUAAUGUUAAUGUCCAGGCAAUUAUAAAAAGCAAUUCGAUUGUCUAGCUUACGCAAGGCCAACUACAAUUACCAAUAAAUACGGCGAAUAAAGCAGCACAGGAAUCCCAAUUUGGAUUUAUUAAUAGCGCUGUAUAAAAAAUCAUAAAACAACAACCGUUGCUGUAAAUAACCCAACAAAUCCCCAAACAAUUGAAACUACACGAGAUGACGCACUGAUCAACGGCCUCGCAUGCCAUCAGCAGCCAAUAUGUCGAUCGCCAGUGUUCACGGUCCCCAAAUCGCCGACAUCUGCAGUCCCCUGUCGCAUCACAAUCUCGGUCUGUCUGCCUCGCUGCCAGAUCUGGUGGGCAGUCCCCUGGAGAUCAGCAUGGACAACGUGCUGACCAUUGAGGAGCUGCGCCAGCACAUGGGCUCCUGCUUCACCUGCGGCGUCUCCUGGACGGACGACCAUGUGUCCCUCGACUGCAGCGAAUGCGGUGGCUACAGCCUGGAGCGUCCCUGUCCCCUGUGCGACGGCCAGUGCGGUGUCCAAUGGAAACGUGAUUUCGCCAUGUCCCAUGCCUGCAGUCAAGCUCGCUGGGUGGGCGUGUGCAUCAGCUACCCGGAAGUCGUGGCCGGAGUCCAGUUGCCCGUGGGAGCAGGCGCUGGAGCCGCCACCUCGUGUGCCGCUGCCGCUGCGAAUCAACUGCGCCUGGCCCAGGAGCUGUGCUCCCGCCUGGAACAGCUGUCCACGUCGACGGCGAGCAAAAGCGGUCGCAUCUAGAGCGCGGAAUCCCCGCCCAGUUCCUUCGACAGCCAGACUGCAAACACGCCUCCACAUCAGCCACACCCCCGCACACAGCCAUUCAUCCGGAAAGCAGAAGCUGAAGCAGAAGCAGAAAGCUGGAGCGGAAUUAGCUCCACCUGCACACCCAAACACACAGUCUCUCACCCGUAAUUUAGGGCCUAAUUACUAAGCUUCUUAGCUGUUAGUUAUUAUUGUUGUGCAGCGUUGAGUCUUUAGUUCUUUGUUUAGCACACACAAUCUUUUGUUUUAUGAUUUCACCGGUAUCGUUUUCGUUCCGAUUCGUUGUGUGACAGUGCAAAUAUUUAGCAACUAAGUUAGUUCCUUUGUUUACCUUCCAAUGGCACCAUUUGGUUUGCGCACAUUACCUGUUCUAUCCAGGAGAAGACUUCUUUCUGCCUAGACUUAAGCCGAGUUUAGGCAAUGCAGUGAUAACGGUGAUAUUAGCCAGAAAGAAUCGUGAGCAAAUAGUGAAUUUACAUGAUGUAGCAAAUGUCUAACGAUAGCUAUAGAUCGACAUGAGAUGAUCAUUUUUGUAUAACCCCACACGCACACACAUCAAACAACCCGUGUAAUCGUGUAGAGAUUGUUGUUAACAAUUAGUUAGUUGUUGCUUUCUGCCUUGUGUCAAAGCUUGUUCGAAGCGAGGAGCUCCGCGGGCACAGAUCAAAGCUAGCUGCGAUGGUGCCGGCGGAGGGUUCAGUGAGCGAAGAAAGAAGAAUCUUCCAGAUUGCCUAAUGUGCAUAGUGCUCAACAAAGUAACUACAGGAUUGAACAAUUUCUCCAAGGGAAAAGUGAAAGCGCAUAGAAAUGAGCAAUUAAGGAUGUGAAAACACGCACAAGGAAACAAUUGAAAAGCAUUACUCAAAGUUGAAGAUUUUCUGUGAAAAUCCAUAUGACAUGUAGAAGUUUAUACCUAAUAUAUACACCUAUAUAUUAUAUACCACAUAAAUCUGCAUACAAUAUACAUAAAUAUAUAUAUAUUUUUAAUGUAGAGAUAUGUUUUGUAAAAGACAAAGGCAUAUUUUUAAAAUUAAAUACCUAAACUAUGCAAAAAUC